AUGUCAGAAGAAGUCUCAUCCGGUUCAACUUCUCCAGGAAGUUUGAAGGUAAAAAUAGGUCAAGAUAUAGUAAAAUCUGAUAUAAUUAAAUCUGUUAACACUCCCAACAUAAAUGGUGACUAUAACAUACAUGCCGCAGUAAAAUCAAAAGACAUGGAAUCUCUUGAAAAAGUUUUGAAAGCUGGAGCCAAUCCAAAUCAAGGUACUGAAGGAAAUCGUCGUGGCUACACCGCUUCUCAUAUGGCGGCUGCAUUGAACGAAGUUGGGAUGCUUCUUCUUUUGAAAAAAUAUGGGGCAGACUUCUCCCAAGCCUCUGAUGAUGGGUGGAGACCAUUGCAUUCGGCUGCGUAUCGUGGAAAUCAAGAUGCCAUGCGUUUCUUGUUGAAGAAUGGAUGUAAUGUUAACUGUUCCAAUAAUAUGGGACAAACACCCCUUAUGAUAGCUUGUAAUCGUGGAAGAGAAUCUGAUGUUCAUUUCUUGCUUUUACAUGGAGCUGUAGUAGAGCCUUUUAAAGAGCCUGUUGAUGGGAUUCUUCAUCUUUGUUUUCAUUUUCAAAUGUCAAAACUUUUCGAGGGUAUGUAUGAAGUACCAGAUAGACAAAUUAAAGUUGCUGUUAUUUUGGCUAUUUAUGGAGCCUCAAUACACAGACAAAACGAGGAAGGUUUAACAGCAUUCCAUUACGUUAGAAAGCAAUUUCCCACCGUUGAAAAAGUUUUACAGAUUCUUUCCACAAAUGGAAGUAAGUUUAAGCAAUCCAAAACAUAUUGGGACUAUGAUACUAUACUUUCAUCUACAGUUGAUGAUUUUGAGAGUAUUGGACUCGAGAUACAGAACUCUAUUGAACUUUUCAACUCAAUGAAACAACUAGAGGAAGAACGUAUCAAGUGGAAAAAACACGAUCAGAAUGGUCGAGGUUUCCCACCACCUUUGUUAGAGCCAAAUAGCAGAAAGUGUCCCUUUUUACGAAUGACUUCUUCUGCAGGUCUUGCUAAGAGGGAGUCCUCUGUUAUGUCUAUUUCUUCCUCUUUUAUGCAAUAUCGAACUGCCGUCUUAAUGGGAUUGUCAUUUACUUCUGGAGUGAUACUUGGGGACCUCUUUCGACGUUUUCGUUCAGAAUAA